UUGCUAUUUUCUCAUCAAUGUCCACUCUCUCUAUUCGCUUCUUCUUUCCUUUUUCUCUUUGAUUCUCUUGUAUUUUCUUUUUUUUUUUCCCCUCCUUUCUUUUCUCUUUUUUCUUUUCUUCUUUUUCUAUUCUUUCUUUUUCUCUCCCAUUCCUUCCUUCCUUCCUUCCUUCCUUCCUUCUUUCAUUCCUUCCUUCCUUCCUUCCUUCCUUCCUUCCUUCCUUCCUUCCAGCCUUCCUUCCUUCCUUCCUUUUGUUUGUUUCUUCCUUUCCAAAUCUUUCGUCUGUCUAAUGUUCUAUUGUUCCUUUCUUUUUUUUUCUUUCCAACCUCUUUCUUUCUUCCUUUCUUUCUUUCUUUCUUCCUUCCUUUCUUUCCUUUCUUUUUUCUUUUCUUUCUUUCUUUCUUUCUUUCUUUCUUUCUUUCUUUCAAAUCUUCUGUCUUUCUUUCUUUGCAAAUCUUCUCCCUCUAUGUGUCCGGUGUCUAUUUUUCCUUCCUUCCUUCCUUCCUUCCUUCCUUCCUUCCUUCCUUCCUUCCUUCCUUCCCCCUCUCUCUCUCCCUUCCUUCCUUCCUUCCUUCUCCCCCUCUCUCUCUUCCUUCCUCCCAGCCUUCCUUCCUUUCUUCCUUCCUUCCUUCCUUGCUUGCUUUGGUUUGUUUGUUUUCUUUCCCUCUUUCCAAAUCUUUCGUCUGUCUGAUGUUCCACUGUUCCUUCCUUUCUUUCUUUCUUUUUUCUUUCUUUCUUUCUUUCUUUCUUUCUUUCUUUCUUUCUUUCUUUCUUCCCUCCAUAUUUUCUCUUCUUCUCCUUUUUUCUGUUUAUUUUCGAGUCCUUCCUUCCUUCUUUCUUUCCUUUUCUUCCAAUUUCUUCUUUCAUUCUAUCCUUUCUCCCUUUUUUUUCUUUUCUUCCUCCUUUUCUUUUGAUUUCUUCUCUUGGUUGAAUUCAAUUCUUUCUUCCCUAUCUCCUUCCUUUUCUUUUUUUCCUAUCACCUUCUCUCCUUCCUUUUGUUUGUUUGUUUCUUUCUUUCUUCCCUAUCUCCUUCCCUCCUUCCUUUUGUUUAUUUCUUUCUUUCUUUCCUAUCACCUUCCCUCUUUCCUUUUGUUUAUUUCUUUCUUUCUUUCCUAUCACCUUCCCUCCUUCCUUUUGUUUGUUUCUUUCUUUCUUUCUUUCUUUCCUAUCUCCUUCCCUCCUUCCUUUUGUUUAUUUCUUUCUUUCUUUCCUAUCUCCUUCCCUCCUUCCUUUUGUUUAUUUAUUUCUUUCUUUCUUUCCAAAUCUUUCGUCUGUCUGAUAUUCUAUUUUUCCUUCUUUCUUUCUUUCCUUUUUUCCUCCCUUCGUUUUAUUUUACUUUCUUUCUUUCUUUCUUUCUAG